AAGUUGUUGCUUGCUUUGGAAAAAUAGGGAAACAUGAAAAUCUGUGAAUUUUCUCGAUUUCAGUAAAUUUUAAUACUGUUGUAAAUCACUGAGAUCUAAAAUGACUUCGGAUGAAUCAGAUGACGAACCGUUGUCGGUGUUAGCAGCUGCUAAAAGAUUAAAUCCCGAGAAAUUUGAAACCUACGAAACUGAAACAACUAUUGAGGUAAUUCGGCCAUCGAAAAAGAAGAAAAAGAAGUACUCACGUAAUGAUACCGUUUCUAUUACCAUCAAAUUACAUCAACCAAUAAAAACCACACGACCGCCGAAGAUAGUUGAGAGGCCUGCAGAUGUAUGGAUGUACAUAAAAGACCUCAAUCCUACUGGACCUUACAGCUGUCUGCUUUGCUCGGAGUGGUUCAUUAACCGGUCUAAAAUAAUACUCCACUAUAUUCUGAAUCACAAAAAAGAUUUUUGUGGAAUUUGUCGCUAUUUUGUGACUGAAAGAGCAGUGUGGCAAACUCAUCAGAAGUUUCACAGUCCGUGGCCAUGCUCACAAUGUCUAGACAGCUUCCCAACACAGGUCGAAUGGCGGAAACACUUCAGUGAGGCUCACAACCUGGUCCAUUGCCGCCUCUGCCACUUCAGAACCACAGACGAUGAUCAAUAUGACGUGCACUUAAUAGAAAAACAUAAUGUAACUAACACAGAGAGUAAAAAUGCAGAAGUCAUUUGGGAAGUUGAAUAUCUAGGCUGCCAAAAUUUCCUAUGCUUGCUGUGCAAUAAAGGAGAUGUUUUUUGCAAUAACUUCUUCAACCACUACAUGGGUUAUCACCACUUCACUCUCAAAUGUAUCACAAACAUAAUAUCUGGUAAUGAUCCACCUUUCCAUGUAGACGGUGCUAAUGUUAGUACAGACUUCGUUACAGACCAGUUCAAUAUCAAAACAGGCUACCUGGAAUUGGAGAAAAAGCCAGAUAUUGCUGAUGUGCAAAAUGAACAGGAUUCAGGGGUAAAACAGGAGCCCCUUAGUGAUAAUGAAAAUAAAGAAGCAAAAAAUAGUAUUGUAGAAACUUACAAAGGCAUUGAAGAUUUUGAUGUUACCCUAAUGGAAUUGAUUGUGUUGAAUAAAUGUUAUUUUGAGUAUGUCAAUCAAACGUUAAGCCAGAUUAAUUCAAACACAGUUCCUGAGGAUUCCGGUAUAGACUACAAAACUGCCAAUGACGAUGUUGAAUUGGACAUAGAAUGUGGUGUAUGCAAAACCUGUGUUACAUCCAUCCACACAUUUAGCACACAUAUGUUAAAAAUGCAUUCUGUGAGAUCGGUACCUAUUUAUUCGUGUAGAGUGUGUGCUACCACAUUUGACAGUCAAGGUGAGCUUGAAGCUCAUGUGACGGAAGAAAUGGGAGAGUUUGACGAUCUGUGGUUAUGUCAGUUUUGUGACAAAGAGUUUGACAAUCGGGAGAAUACAAGGAAGCAUUUGAACAGCCAUUGGGAUGUUAUGGAGUUUGACAAUUGCUUUAGUCCACACUUGGGUUUUAAGUGCAAGUACUGUCCUACGUUGUUUUGGAAUGAACCUGAUAGAGAGACUCAUCAAAUAAGAGUGCAUUUUGUUAAGUACAAGGAAGACUUUUAUAAGUGCGAAAAUUGUUCAGAGAUAUUUAGUGAUAAGAUUUGGUUCAUCCACCAUUAUGUGGAAAAGCAUCAGUCUGAGCAAGAAAAGGUGCUUUUCCUUGUUAAAUGUUGUGUGUGUUGUCUAGUGUUGAACACAGUUGAAGACAUGAGGGCACACUUUGAGAAACAACAUUCUGAUGCUAGAAAAAUCUUCUGUUCCCUGGGAGCUUGUGUGUUCAAGCCACUGAGUCAAAGGAAAUCAUUCAAAGUGCAUAUCAAGACGGUCCACGCUACAGAGGAGAAGAAGCCACCACGGCCUGAAGUGUGCACGAUCUGCACACGAGAGUUCAACAGCUCGCGCGCGUGUGCAACGCACAUGGCUCAGGCGCACGGCGCGCGCAACUACAAGUGCAAGCUGUGCCGCGACGUGCUCCACACGGUGGACGAGCGCAAGCUGCACUACCUCAUCCGGCACCCUGGCAAGCAUCCAUACGAGUGUUCAGAAUGCGGCAAGUCCUUCCAGUACAAAUCAUCUCUGUACAUGCACAAGCAAGUCCACGCGCCGAAUAAGCCCACUUAUACAUGCUCGUUCUGCGGGAAGGUGUUUAUGUACAAGUCAUCUCUGUACAUGCACAAGCAAGUCCACGCGCCGAACAAACCCACUUAUACGUGUUCCUUCUGCGGGAAGGUGUUUAUGGUGAGCUAUUUACGACUUUAUCUGCUUGUAUUAAGGUCUAGUUCAGAGUUCGGCAAGUCCUUCCAGUACAAGUCCUCUCUGUACAUGCACAAGCAAGUCCACGCGCCGAACAAACCCACGUAUACGUGCUCGUUCUGCGGGAAGGUGUUUAUGGUGAGCUAUUUACGACUUUAUUGGCUUGUAUUAAGGCCUAGUUCAGAGUGCGGCAAGUCCUUCCAGUACAAGUCAUCUCUGUACAUGCACAAGCAAGUCCACGCGCCGAAUAAACCCACUUAUACGUGUUCGUUCUGUGAAAAGGUGUUUAUGGUGAGCUAUUUACGACCUUAUCAGCUUGUAUUAAGGCCUAGUUUGGAGUGCGGCAAGUCCUUCCAGUACAAGUCAUCUCUGUACAUGCACAAGCAAGUCCACGCGCCGAAUAAACCCACUUAUACGUGCUCGUUCUGCGGGAAGUUGUUUAUGGUGAGCUAUUUCCGACCUUAUUAG